AUGCGAGACGACGAUAUUGGAGAGCCUGCCGCCAUUGCAAGUCCUCGGGGCACAGAACCUGCUGCACCUCCACUACCAAAACUUCCCAGGAAGAAGUCACUACACUACCAAGACAUCAAAACAAAAUUCAAGUCUACACGUAACAAACUUUUUAAGCAUGACCUCUCUUUGCAAUUGAAUCUAUUAACUGCCGGCAUUUCUCACGUACCAGAACAUAUUACGCCUAUACUUAACAAGCAUGGUGAAAAUUAUGUUAUACUUGGAUCUACUGGAUUGACCGGAUCAAUGGUACUACAAGGUUUCAUGUCACCAUGGGUAGGGGCCUCACUAACGGAGGACACCGUAACCAGGACCUAUUGGUGUUUCAAUAGAAAUAAAAAAUCUUUGGAGAUUAAUUUAGAUAAAUUACCACAAACUUGGACUGCCAUCAUUGAAUAUUCCGGCGAGCAGCACAUUCUACGCAAAAAUGAUGUCGUUAUAAGACAGCAUAUUGUCGAGCAAGGAAAGCUAGGCCACGUAGAAUGUCAUUGGGACCAGUAUGACUGGGGUUUAGUAUUGCCAACUGGAGAAGUUAAAAAUAUUGUGAUCAAUGUCGUGCAACUCAUCGAGAGUGACUCCAACAAAUGGUGCGAGACCUUCACAAACCUAUUUACAGGUGCCCGCAAGCUGUUGGAUGACAGAACUCCAAUUUAUCUUCCUUCCGUGGAUCAGAUUUCCACUUUGGUAUCAACCCUUGGUUCCAGCUCCUGGGAAUCCCGUAAAGAGAAAACAACUCGUUCGUUUGUCGACUAUACUUUAAACCUUCAACUCGCCAAAGCCUUCGCGCCAGACGCUACAAAAAGCACUCUAAAACAUAUGGUCAUCGUUACGAGCUUCAACAACCUAGCUUUAGGUGUUAUAAGCCCAUAUUUCCGCACCAAGCAAAAAUUGGAAAACGACCUCACUCACGAGGUCCCCGGUUUAACUCAUUUGACUAUAUUAAGACCAGGUCCAUUGGUCGGUCAACACGGAAAACAACUUUCGCUGCUUCCCACCGCCCCAGAAGGCUGCAGUAUCAUAUAUAGAUGUUACUUCUGGAAGAAAAAUGCAGUGAAAGCUAGAAUUAACUGGCUCAGCCAAGUUAGAGACGUUGGACCCUCCAAGAAGGUCAGUGAGAUAGUAGCCAGAGCUACUUACCACCUACCGGGAAAUUGGUUGGUUGGUUACUCCAUCCCAGCUGCAAAGGUUGCGAGAGUCGCUACCCAAGAGGCAUUAGCCAAGCGUACUUUGAUUGAACAAGAUCCUACCGCCCUAGUCGUUGAAGUUACUACUUGGUCAAGUCAGGAAAUGGACAAAGCAUUUGCCGCAAUCUCCCCGUACUAA